AUGACGACCAAGAUCGAUGCAGCGGGGCCUAGCUCGCCUCCUCCUCAACGUACUCGAAAACCCGGCGAGGUUCGCUCGCGAAGCGGAUGCAUUACCUGCAAACAACGUCGCAAAAAGUGCGAUGAGGACUUUCGCAUCCGUCAAAACGGAGCCACCUCGUGUAAUCGAUGUGCCGAUCGUGGCCUUCACUGCGAGUUCAGCUCGCACGUCACGCCUCAACGACCUGCGCAUCAGCAGCAGCAGCAACGACCAUCUCCUUACCCAACUUCAAGCGCUACUCCGUCGGGCUCAAGCAAGAUUCCUUCUCGCGCAGUUCGUGGUCCUAGUGCUACGCCUAUUGUUCAACAGGCUGAAUUGCCUUCUGUGGCCGCAGGCUCGGCUGCUCCGAGUAACAGCGGCAUGCUAGGCGCGACACCAUCGAACACCUUUACAGCUUCACUGGAUCCGACGCAGUCCUGGAAUGCCUCGGCACACUUUCCUGUGCAGUCGUUCGCACAACCACAGCUUCAGAAUGCUACCACCGUCCCGGGACUGCAGAACCAGCUGGCGUGGAUGAAUCCGAGUGCUGCCAUGCUCAACAGAUCAGCGAUUCGUUACAAUCGCCCCAACAUCUGGCCCAUGGGACCUCCCAGCGGCACUGCCGAUCCAGCCAGCGCUGCUGCUACACAACCCGCAGCUGGCAAUCUUUCGACCCAAUCCAACGCUGUCGACAUGAAUGCGCUCUACACCCUCUUCAACAGCAAUCCUGCUGCAGCGCCUGCAGCGUCAAAUACAACCCAGUGGACACAGGGCUACCCCAACAGUAUGGACAAUAUCAUGCUCGACGACUUUGUCAACGAGCUCAUGAGUCUUACUGGUCCUCUAGCGGGAAGUGAGGGCACUUCUUCGGCAUCUCUUCCGACUCCGGGCAAUACGCCGUCUGUAGCAGGCCCGCACCCAUCAUCGCCCUUCGAAACACAGCCAGCAUCGCGAUCCAUUCCAAAGGCUUCAACUACCUCUUCGGUAGCAAACAGUGCACAUCCAUUCGAGGUCAACACGACCACCUCUUCGGGCGCCGUUCCGCAGCCGAGGCAUUCCAGUUCAAGCGACAGCGUGCCACCUGCUUCAGCGCAGCCCAAUGCUGGCGUCGGCAAAGCUGCAGCCACUUCAGGUCGAGCUUCCAAUCGAUACCGCAAGCUGCUUGAUUCAGACGCGAUCGAGUCGUUGUUGAGCAAGUACAGUCCCAUUUACGAGCGGUUCUGGCAUGCGACCCUGAUGCUUCUCUCCAACAAGAAACGUCAGGCCGCCGUCGACUAUCUCAUGCGUGUCAUUCGAUCCAACAAGGCAUGUCGAGCCUCCGUGGUUGUGGUCUGUCUUGCCUACCACGAGCUUGUUCAGCGCGUGCGCAAAGGCACUCGCGAGGCCGAUGCUAAGCAAUCGAGUCAACGCAGUCCAUGUGCUCCGCCUAACUGGACAUCGGUUGCCACGGACGCAGUAAACAACAACAGCAAACCUGCAAAGACGCCGGAAGAUGGUAUGUCGCAUACGAUACUGAGCAUGUUCCCAGAAAGCGAAGAGCAUGCAUCGAGCCGUUCAGGCACAGUACAUGAAUCAAGCGGCAACGAGGUGCGUCGAUCGCAUAUUGACGACGACGAGGGUGAAGACGAAGACGAAGAGUCGGAAGAAGAAAUAAGCACCAUCGAACGACGCCGCAGCGGUGGCGACGGGCAUCUUGCUCCAACCCCGGCCAGAGCUACUUCCGAGCGGUACGGAUCCACCAGCUUCUCUCGUCGAAGUAGUGACAAAAAUGGUCAUUCUCCACUCCCCGCCGCCCGCAGUCUUACGGGCAAGCUGUCCUCGGUGGAAAACAACAUCCAUGCAAUGGACGAUCCUGCACAGGACAGAUUCAAGGGCCAAAUUGUGGAAGAGCACACGGUCGAGUUGUGGUUCGAUAUCGCGCAAGCCGAACUGCAACGCAGCCGAGACGAGCUGAGCUUCGACCAGGAGUUGUGCGCCAUUAUCAAUCUGCGUUGGGCAUGUCUCUGCUUUGCAGGUGCGGAGAGGGCGAGACAGCUGACGGAGGAGUUGGGCAAAGUGAUGCAGCGGGAGGGGAUCGAUAUGGACCAUGCGGCGGAAGAGGAGAAGAAGGGGACAUUUGUGUCGGUCAUGCUGCUCACAGCUGUCUACACGGAUGUGUUGGACACUGUCUCGGAUCGGGGGAAACGGACGUAUGUGGCGCUGCGGGAUGGUACACGCAAGCCUGCGCAGCUGUCCAAGCUCCGACGUACCAGCAGCAUGGAGAAGAAUGGAUCGCCUAGUGUGGACGAACCGUUCUUUGGACGCAUCUCGCUCGUCUCUCUCGAGCUACUGACGUGCUUCAAGCUGAUCUCGGACCUCUCUGCUGACGUGUGGGGGCCCAUUAGCAGCGCGGUGUCGCAUCCCACGCGGCCAUCGGAAGAAGAAGUCGCCAAUCGGUCGCGCGAGAUCGAACGCAAAGUCAUGUCUCUGCCUUCGUGGUCCGAUCCGAACACCUCCUCCUCUCUCCGCGUGCGCGCCUUCGCAUUGCAAGAGAUCUGGAGACAGACCGCGCGGCUGUAUCUGCUGCAAGCAGUGCAUCGGCGCGGACCGCUGUACCCGGAACUGCAGAACAUCCUGCACGAGAUCAUCCGCCUUGCGAAGAUGAUCAAGAUCCAGAGCUUUUCGCCUUGUGCACCGGUUGCUGCGCACACGCGCGCCCAAGCACCCGCCAACUACAUCGGCGGCCUCCGCUCGCUCGACCCCACUGACGACGUACGCGACGCCAACCAUCCACACCCGUACACCAACGCUACCUUCGGCAUGGACGACCUGCAGAACCCCAUACCGGAGCCGCCACCGGAGGAGCGCGAGGAAGAGGACGAGGGCAUGGGCCCAGUGCCGUUCCAGAUGUGGCUCGAUGUGGCCAGCUGGGAGAUGUGCACCGUCUGGUUCUUGUGUUCCACCGUGGCCCUGACCAGGCAGGACCGCCAGUUUUGCAUUCACCACUUGGAGAGCUUGGGACUGGAGCGAAGCAAUAGGGAUAAUAUCCAGGUGAUCAGGGAUUACUGGGCCAAGCAAGACUCAACGGGGCAUACGCUGGAUUGGUUUGAUUUCGUCAAGUCGACGGGGAGAAGUGUCGUGUUUGCUUUUUGA